UUUAGUCCCUGGGAGCUCUGGUGGGCUCUGCUUGGUUGAUAUUGUUCUCCUCCUAUGGGGUUGCAAACCUCCUUCAGCCCUUCAGUCUAUUCUCUAACUCCUACAUUGGGGUCCCCUUGUUCAGACUAAUGGUUAGCUGCAAGUAUCCUCAUCUGUAUCUGGAGGGCUCGGGCAGAGCCUCUCAGGGGACACAGAUAUCCAGCUCCUGUCAGCAAGCACUUCUUGACAUCAGCAAUAGUGGCUGGGUUUGGUGGCUACAAAUGGGAUGGAUCCCCAGGUGGGGCAGUCUCUGGAUGACCUUUUCUUCAGUUCCUGCUCCACUCUUUAUUGCUCUAUUUCCUCCCGUGAGUAUUUGUUCUCCCUUCUAAGAAGGCCAGAAGAGGGCAGCAGAAGCAGAUCUCAUUAUAGAUGGUUAUGCUCCACCAUGCGAUGGCACAUUUUGGUCAUCCUUCUUGAGCUUCAUAUGAUCUAUGAAUUUUUUCUUAGGUAUUCCAGGCUUUGGGGCUAAUAUUCACUUAUCAGUGAGUGCAUACCAUGUGUGUUCUUUUGUGAUUGGGUUACCUCACUCAGGGGAAUUUUCUAAUUCCAUCUAUUUGCCUAUGAAUUUCGUGUAGUCAUUGUUUAUAAUAGCUGAGUAGUACUCCAUUGUGUAGAUGUACCACAUUUUUCUGUAUCCAUUCCUCUGUUGAAGGGCAUCUGGGUUCUUUCCAGCUUCUGGCUGUUUUAAAUAAGGCCAUUUUGAAAAUAGUGGAGCAUGUGUCCUUGUUAUAUGUUGGAGCGUCUUUGGGGUAUAUCCCCAGGAGUGGAAUAGCUGGGUCCUCAAGUAGUACUAUGUACAAUUUUCUGAGGAACUACCAGACUGAUUUCCAGAGUGGUUGUAUCAGCUGCAAUCACAAUAACAAUGGAGGAGUGUUCCUCUUUCUCCACAUCUACUCUAGCAUCUACCCUUACCUGAGGUUUUUGUUUGUUUGUUUGUUUGUUUUGGUUUGGUUUUUUUGUUGUUGUUGUUUGUUUUGUUUUGUUGUUUUGUUUUGUCACCUGAGUUUUUGAUCGUAGCCAUUCUGACUGGUGUGAGGUGGAAUCUCAGGUUGGUUUGAUUUGCAUUAAUGACUAAGGAUGUUGAACAUUUCUUUAGGUGCUUCUCAGCCAUUCGACAUUCCUCAGUUGAGAAUUCUUUGUCUAGCUCUGUAGCCCAUUUUUUAAAUAGGGUUAUUUGAUUCUCUGGAGUCUAACUUCUUGAGUUCUUUGUAUAUAUUAGAUAUUAGCCCUCUAUUGGAUGUAGGAUUGGUAAAGACCUUUUCCCAAUCUGUUGGUUGCCGUUUUGUCCUACUGACAGUGUCCUUUGCCUUACAGAAGCUUUGCAAUUUUAUGAGGUCCCAUUUGUUGAUUCUUGAUCUUAGAUCAUAAGUCAUUGGAGUUCUGUUCAGAAAAUUUUCUCCAGUGCCCAUGUGAUCAAGACUCUUCCCCACUUUCUCUUCUGUUAGUUUGAGUGUAUCUGGUUUGAUGUGGAGGUCCUUGAUCCACUUGGACUUGAGCUUUUUACAAGGAGAUAAGAAUGAUCAAUUUGCAUUCUUCUAUAUGCUGACCUCCAGUUAAAUCAGCACCAUUUGUUAAAAAUGGUUUUUUCCAUUGGAUGGUUUUGGCUCCUUUGUCAAAGAUCAAGUGACCAUAGGUGUGUGGGUUCAUUCCUGGGUCUUCAAUUCUAUUCCACUGAUCUACCUGCCUGUCUCUGUACCAAUACCAUGCAGUUUUUAUCACUAUUGCUCUGUAAUACAGCUUGAGGUCAGGAAUGGUGAUUCCCCCAGAAGUUCUUUUAUUGUUGAGAAUAGUUUUCACUAUCCUGGGUUUUUUGUUAUUCCAAAUGAAUUUGCAAAUUUCUCUUUCUAACUCUAUGAUGAAUUGAGUUGGAAUUUUCAUGGUGAUUGCAUUGACUCUGUAGAUUGCUUUCAGCAAAAUGGCCAUUUUUACUAUAUUAAUCCUGCCAAUCUAUGAGCAUGGGAGGUCUUUCCAUCUUCUGAUAUCUUCGAUUUCUUUCUUCAGAGACUUGAAAGUUCUUGUCAUACAGAUCUUUCACUUACUUGGUUAGAGUCACACAGAGGCAAAACACCUCAUCUUAAAGAACUACCCUGCCAGGCUUCUCACCCCCAGCACUUGCUAAGCUCUCUUUCUCUCCAUAGCAACUUUCAUCUGCAUCAUCUGCAUGGUGCUACUAUUGUUUUCUCCCAUUAGGAUGCACUCUCCAUUAAAAACUGUUUGGCUCUCUACAGUAGCCUUCCACUGCCAAUGGUCUCUGAUGUAAACCAGUAAAGGUCAGGUAAAUAAUAAAUGAAUGUGACUUUUCAAAGUUUUGCUGAAUUUCUAAGUAAUUCUUUUAUGCACUAAUAGCAUUCUUCUCAUCUAAAAUAUUUGUUGACAUUUGUUAAUGUACACAGUUGGACUGAAUACACACACACACACACACACACCACUCACAACACACACACACACACACACACACGAUUUAAGUCCUAUCUUUGCCUCUUCCAAUGACUGGCUGAGCUGUUUCUCAGAGCUUCAUCUUGUGUACCUGAUACUCUAUCGCCUUUAUCUAUGAGUAAAGUCCAACAGAUAGAUUCCAUAUAUAAAGAGUGGCUUAGCCUAGUUACUGUUUCCAAUAACACAAUACCACCAGCUGGGUAAGUGUUAAGAAGUCUAGUUUAGCUUUGAUUCUAGUGAUGCAAGUCAAGGGAACACAUUUGGUGAUCGACUUGCUGAGGGAACAAAUGGUACCCUCUAGUAGAAACCAGGAGUGGGUGUCCUCUGCUCUGUCCUACAGAGUCACUAAGCUUCAACCAUGAGAACCCCACAUCAAUGGUGUCCUUUCAUCUUAUCUCUGAAUGCCCCCCCCCAUAUAUUAAUACAAGUAGGGGUAUGUUUCUAUUCUUACAAUUCCACAGGAGCAAUUAAAUUUCAGUACUGGAGCUCUGAGGAUGCCCUCAAACCAAAGAUUCUCUGGGCAUUGCCACCUUUAGUGAUAUGCAGGUGGCAUAAAACCAAGCAAACUAAUAUGGAGACUAAUUUUCAAACGACUGUGAUCAAAGGUGCACUUAAUCUCCUCAGGCUAACGUCCAAAGAAAGAGGAAGUCUCGAAGUUUUUGAAUUGCUGACACAAACACAUUUCCAGAAAGUUACCAAAUCUAGAGAUGCUAAGUCCUUGCCAUGCAUGAAUUCAAGUGCUUAAUGUGAACCAAGAGAACACCUAAUAAUGGAUUUUUUUUAAAAAAAAGCCUUUGCUUGAAAAAACUGUUCCAACUGUAUUAUCCACCAAAGUUAAAAAUGACCAACAAAUCAGGGUUAGAUGUAUACACGUGUACACACACACACACACACACACACACACACACACACACACAUCCUAAGUCUGCUGUGGGGGUAUCUUAUUGACUUAAAUAAGGCAAAGUGGGGAUUAAAAGUGUUGGCUAACAAAGAAUUUCUUAACCGAUACUUUGAGAAUUCACUCUCAUAUAGCCAAGACUGCUCCAGAUCAAGUAUUUGAGUUUCAUUUCCAGAAUAAAGAUGGAUUUCAAUUGUGCAGAAUGGAACUCAACCGUUUAACUCCAAGUACAAUUACUUCAUUUUUAUUAAUGAGGUUUAGUCCAGAAAAUUAACUUGCCUGUGGUCAUCAGGUUGUUAAAAGUCAAGUGAGCAUCCAGACACAAGCCUUAAACCGUAUGUUCUAAUGCCUUCUCUGCGCAGGCACCCAGCAAAUUGCUGUCACUCCGAACAAACUGCUGCCACGCCUUUCUCCAGUGCUCAAUCCUCCCUCCAGCCUCCAACACUCAAACCUCUUCAAACCCUAAGCCUAGCCGGGAGUUCCCAUCAUCCCCCGGCAUCACUUUCUCCAGCCAAAGUCUCACCACCUUCAUAGCUGUCGCUAGGGGGAGAAAGCGCCAAACCUUCCCGAACUCUCGCGAGACUACAGCCGUUGCCACGGCAACAAGUGGCCUCCUCUCCCUGGAGAGCGUAGCCCCGGCCGCUGAAUUACGAUGGUGUUUCCUCUGGCCCUGUGGUCGCCCGAUGCCUGGGGUACAUCCUAAAGUACUCUCCCGAGAGGGGUGGGACGACCGGCAGGCUUGAAGAAGCCGAGGGAGCGAGGCGGGCGGCGGACGCGCCGCUCAGGCAGGGGAGCGCGGGAGAUGCGCGGGGGAGCGCGGGAGAUGCGCGGGGCAGCGCGGGGCCCGCGUGAGUGAGGAGGUUCUGCGUGGGUCCUGUCCCCGGAGAAGGUCUGGCGCGGCCGCGCGCCCCUCGCUCGCCGCUUCCGGCGCCCAGCGCUAGCCCGCCUGGUCCGCGCACGUAAGGAGCUGCCGCCGGGCGCCAGGCGGGUUGUUCUCAUUUCGAGCUGUCAUCCGGGGCUGAAGCUUCGGUCUGCGCCCAGCGAUGUCACCUAGAAACCGCUCUCUCGGUUGCAGUUGUUUAUGUUGAAGCUUCGCGAGGCCUUCUGUGCAGUCCGCGCCCCAGAACACGCUCUUCUGUGAACCACAGGGCUGUGAAAGGUUUUUGUCGGUGGUGUGCAGCCCACGCUCCUAAAGCCUCGCUUUUAGAGAGAGAACAUAAACCGGUAGUUGUGAAAUUGGUAAAUUCUUUUGGUGUCCUCCAAAGUGUAAAAGCUUGGCAAAGACUUUCGAUUAUUUCAUUGCAAACAAAAGAGGAAACGUAUACUCAAAACUGUAGUUAUCCCCAAAGGCACAGUCACUGGCAUGUGCAUCAGGAGGAAAAUGUCAUUUUAGUAAAAAUGGCAAUUUCAGGUUUGCAUAGAAGAGGCAGUGGUCAUCUCCACAGGACCUUCUGGUGGCUAUUUCAAUGCAAAUGAAGUCAUUGAAUUUUAAAGUUAAAUAUAGACAGUAAUUAUCAAAGUUAAAGAGAAACCAGUUACAGUACACUGAAACUUGGGUCAACUGAAAGAGGAAGGGGAAAGUUUUUAAGUUGGUGCUACAUUUUAUUGUCUGAAUAAUCAUAACUUUUCUUGCAUAAUUUUUAAUGCUUGAGGACAAUCCUGAUUUGCUAUUGCAGUGUAUUGUUUAAUUAUACAUAUAAAGUGUAAAUGGCCCAGCUAUAUACUGUGAAAGUUUUCCAACUAAAUUACAUGCUUUUUUUUUUGUUGUUUCAAGACUUUUUAGUUUUUGUUCAUAAAACAUACUAACAGGUUAUAAAUUUAUCCCUCUCCAACUCUUCCAAGAUUCACUUCCCCAUUCCAUAUCCACUCAUCAUUUUAAAUUUUUUAUUUAAUUAAAAUAUAAUUACAUCAUUUACCCGCAUCCAACCCUCUCAGAUUCAUAACCUCUUUCACAUUAUUAUCAUUAUGUGUGUUUAAAUAAAUAUAUAAAGGCAACUUGCAGAAGUCUGUUGAAUGUUGCUUAUGUGUAUAUAUUUUUAGGACUGAACACUUGGUAUUAGAUGUCUGUUUAGGAAGCUUGCUUUACAGUAAUGGAUAGUUUGUUUUGGUUUUGUUUUUUUUUAAUCUUUGAAAUUGAAGUUAAUUUCCUGUAUCCUUACUAGUUUCGUUUUCAGAGAUCUAUCACUGUUAAUUAAAUACAAUUGGAUCGGUUUUGUAGUAUUCAUUUAAUAUAGAAUGUGCACACCUUUGCUUAAAAGAAAAACUGUUAAAUAAUUUCCUUAGACAUUUUAUAGCCUACCCACAUAAUAAAAGAAAUCUCAAGAAAGACACUAGAAGAGAUGUCAGAAGAUUCAGAAGAGGAAGACUAUUCAGAUAGAAGUAUCAGUGAUGACGAUGAGUUGGAUGAGGAUUCAUUCAUGAAAUUUGUAAGUGAUGAUAUUCAUCAGUGUACACUACUAACAGCUGAUUCUAUUGGUGACCCAUUCUUUCCUCGGACUACACAGAUUUUAUUGGAGUAUCAGCUAGGAAGAUGGGUACCACGCCUUCGAGAACCACGAGAUUUAUAUGGCGUCUCUUCUUCUGGUCCGCUGAGCCCAACACGGUGGCCAUACCACUGUGAGGUCAUUGAUGAAAAAGUCCAGCAUAUUGAGUGGACUCCUUUUGUUCCUGAGCCGGUCUAUGUCCCAACAGGCCUGGAAAUAGAACCUGUUUACCCAAACUCCAAGGAAGACACCGUGGUUUACCUAGCUGAAGAUGCUUACAAAGAGCCCUGUUUUGUGUAUUCCCGAGUUGGGGGUAACCGAACACCCUUGAAACAACCUGUGAAUAGCUGUGACAACACGUUGGUGUUUGAAGCAAGGUUUGAGAGUGGUAAUCUACAGAAGGUAGUCAAAGUUGCAGAUUAUGAAUACGAGUUGACUGUGCGCCCAGACCUCUUCACAAAUAAGCACACUCAGUGGUACUAUUUCCAAGUCACUAAUACCCGAGCAGAAAUAGUCUACAGAUUCACUAUUGUCAACUUUACCAAGCCUGCUAGUCUUUACAAUCGGGGUAUGAGGCCACUGUUCUAUUCUGAAAAAGAAGCCAAAACCCAUAAAAUUGGCUGGCAGAGAAUAGGAGACCAGAUCAAGUAUUAUAAAAAUAACCUUGGGCAAGAUGGGCGUCAUUUUUUUUCCCUUACAUGGACAUUUCAGUUUCCACACAGCAAGGACACUUGCUACUUUGCUCACUGCUAUCCAUACACUUACUCCAACCUUCAAGAAUACCUUUCUGGCAUCAACAGUGACCCAGUAAGAUCAAAGUUUUGUAAAAUACGUGUCUUGUGUCACACACUUGCUAGGAAUAUGGUGUAUGUUUUGACAAUAACUACUCCCUUGAAGACUAGUGACGCAAAGCGCAAGGCUGUGAUUUUGACUGCAAGGGUCCAUCCAGGGGAGACCAACAGCUCUUGGAUCAUGAAAGGCUUCCUAGAUUAUAUUUUAGGAGACUCAAGUGAUGCACGCCUGCUUCGGGACACUUUCAUCUUCAAGGUGGUACCCAUGCUGAAUCCAGAUGGUGUGAUUGUGGGAAACUAUCGAUGUUCCUUAGCUGGACGGGAUUUAAACCGUAAUUACACAUCUCUCCUGAAGGAGUCUUACCCUUCUGUCUGGUAUACGAGGAACAUGAUCAAUAGGUUAAUGGAAAAACGAGAGGUUAUUUUAUAUUGUGAUCUUCAUGGCCAUAGUAGGAAACAGAACAUCUUCAUGUAUGGUUGUGAUGGUAGCAGCAGAUCUAAAACGAAAGGAUUGUACUUACAGCAACGAAUCUUUCCACUCAUGCUGAGCAAAAAUUGCCCGAAUAUAUUACAGAACAGCUCUGCUGAAGAGCAGGAUACAUGAUAGAUGUUGCGGUAAGUAUUUAAAGGGUUGCUCUUUGCUCCCAGCAGGUGUAUGUGUGGCUCUACACCCAUCCAAGAGCUCUGGAAUCAUGAAUAAAGGACAUACACAUGCAACCUUUAUGUUGCAUCUGGCCUUAACUAGCUCAAUUGCUGGGCACUUCCAAACCUCCCCGAGGCUGGCACACACGCCCCUCUGGGACUCCUGAGUUAACGCUUUCUAAAUCGAUAUUUUAUCUCUGUUGCUUUGUUUCCUUCUGGGCAGUCUCCCAUGGGACCGCUUUCCCUUUGCACCUACAUUUCAGCUGUUCACCCUCUGCUCCUUCACAGUAUGGUCUGUCCUACACUGGCAGACCCCCUGUUUUCCCUCUCCUGUUUUCUUGCUGGGGGAUCCUAAAAGUCCUGCUUCUGUCCUCCUGCCCAGCCAUUGGCCGUUGGUUCUUUUUUGACCAGUCAAAAAACCAACUGUUGGCAGGGACCUGCAGUGGAUGUGCGAAUUCCCAAAGGACAAAUCAAAUCCCCAACAUAUAUAUGUAAAUGACCAUAGAAUGGUUAUCAAUACAGACUAGAUACUGCCUUAAAAUAAAUCUUAACAAAUUAAAAAGAAUUCAAAUCAUGAAGUAUAUUCUCUGACCACAUGGGAAAUAGACUGGAAAUCAAUGAAACAAGAAAAUGUCCAAACUCUUGGAAAUUAAGCCACAUUCUAAAGAGGCCAAAGAGAACAUUUCAAGGAAGAUUAGAAAUAUGUUACAUAUAAAAUCUUCUGAAAUUCAUCGAAUGUAGUGCUCAGAAUAAAAUUUGUGAUAAUAAAGACUUAGAAUAAAACAUUCUAAGUCAAUAUCCAGGUUUCUACAUAAGAAACCAGAAAACAAACUAAAUGGAAAACAAGCAAAAUGAAGCAGACAAAAAGUAAUAGCAGAAUAAUAGUAAAUUUCCUCCUGGGACCCAUGUUCUUUUUAGCACCAGGUCCUCUCUGGCACAUGUUACCACGGCAACAUUGGAAACAGAAAUACUGGAUAAAUCAAUAAAACAAAGUAUACUAGAGAAGUCAAUUAAGACUGAUAACACUUUACCAAAACUGACCAGAAAGAGAAAGAUUACAAAAAUUACUAAUUCAAGAUUAAUUCAUGAAGAUUCAGCAGACAAGCACAAUAAAAGGAUAUCAUAGUGGGAUCUACUCAAGAACCCUUGGAUUUUUGUAACUUAACAAAACUUUUUCAUGAGUUGUUAUAAAAACAUUAAAAGAUUGUUACAUAUAUUUUAAGUAAUAAACUUGAGAGACGUAUGCCAUAUUCUCAGCAGUUACAUUGGUUUGCUAAAGAGAGACAGAGAAUGUCAUGCAUAUUUACAAUUACUGGGCUAUCUAGAAGGACGCCUCAGCAGGAAAAGACACCUGUUGCCAAGCUUAAUGACCUGAGUUUGACAACUGAGAUCCACAAGUGGUUUUGUUGCAUCCACUAUCACGUGGUAAUAUGUGCCAGAGAGGACCUAUUGCUGACAAGGACAUGGGCCCUAGGAGGAAGCUUGCUAUUAUUCUGCUGAGUGGUCAUAGCAGUACAACUACUCCUGAUAACAUAUUGCUACACUCAUAGAUCCUUAUACUGUUCAAUCCUUAUCAGAGAAGCUUCUUCCAUUAGAUGCUAAAUAGCACAGAAACCCACAACUGGACAAUAUGCAGAGAUUGAGAGACUUUGUAAUACUCAUUCUUUAAUGGCAUGUCUGUAUCAUACUCUCAGUGCUAAAAAAAUCUAUGUAGAAGAAGGACAGAAAGAGUUAAAAGGUAGUAGGUGACUUCCAGGAACCAGCAUUGUCCAGAUACAACAGGGAAGAUGUACAUAUUAACUCACAGAGACUGAGACAACACAAAGACAAAAUCCCAACAUGGAGUAGGAGAGUAGGCAUGAAGCCCCACACCUAACUAAGGACCUAUUGGUAAUCAGCAGCUGCUGAAAGAGUGACAUCGGUUUUCUUCAAUAGAUCAAUGCCUAGUGCAUGGACCACACUCCAGGGCAGACCCCACACCCAGGAGUAGUAGAAUUCCAUGUGUUGUGUUGUGUUGUGUUGUGUUGUGUUGUGUUGUGUCGUGGUGGUUGUUGCUAUUGUGCUUUUGUUGUUGAUGAUGAUGAUGACGAUGACAAUGACAAUGAUGAUGUUAUGAAGAGAGAGAGAGUAAGAGAAUAUGGACUUCGGUGGGUAUAGAGGAGGGAAAGGAUAUAGGAGGAAUUGGGGGAGGGAAAUAAAAAUUAUCAAAAUAUAUUGUAUGAAAUUAUCAAAGAAUGAAUAAAAUUUUAUUUGAAAUACAUUAAAAAUAUAUAAGAAGAGGACAUGAGGUUGAGAGGGAGAAGAGAUGAGAAGGGUCUUGGAGGAAUUAGAAGAGAAGAGUAAAGAAAAAUUCAAAGAAUUAAAAUAAAUAUUUUAUUAAAUAUUUUCUAGUGUAAUAAAAAGCAUAUGCAGAAAUUCUAUACUUAUCAUCAUACUGAGCUUUUUAAAAGACUUUUUAAAAGAUGUUUUCUUCAUGAGAUGAAACAAGGAUACCUUUUCUUACCCCUUUCUUUAUUGAGGCAGGACUAGGAACUGAUCUUAGGGACUCAUGCAUGUGUGGCAAGUGCAGUCUCAUACAUGGGCAGAGAGCAAGUCCCCUGAGCUACAGUCUCAGCCCUCUCCUUGCUCUUUCCACACAUCCUUCCUGUAAGUUGGAAAGGAAAGGUAAGGAGGCAGACUCACUGCAGAGAAGUAACGAAGGCAUGUUUGCCCAGAGGAAAUUCAGGCUACAUAAACUUUUAGAGUAAGUAAGGGAUUUUAGUAUGUUGUAGGGUAAAAGGUCAGCCCAAAUUUUUAAAUAGUCUAAAUAAAUAACUGUAAACUAAAAUUUAAGACAAUAUUAUUUUGUCAUAAUUCAUAUAAUAAUUUUAAGUCUAAUAAAAUGUAUAAAUUUUUAUGCUAAAACCUUAAGAAUGCUGACAAAGACCCAUAUUAAUGGAGAGAAAUACAGUACUUAUGGAGUGGGGCAAUAAUUCUCAGUAUGUAGAAUUAACAAUUCCAAGAACAAAACAUAAUUCCCUACAGAUAUAAAUAAAUCUGUGUCUGUUCUAAGUAAUGCAAAGAAAUUGGGCCUAUCAAAUCAAUUUUGGAAAAAGGUUAAAGAAACCUCUCCAUCUGUUUUUCAGGUACCAUAAUACAGUCAGGAUUGAGAUGGUGGGGCUGGGAAGAACUUAGUUAGAUGCUGACAGCAAGGCCAGUCACAGAGCCAUGUCCAUGCGGCUUCUGUCCAGGCACUUGUGAAAGCUGGCAGGGACCUGUCAGUAAAGAAUACUGGAACAAUUGGAUGCCGUAUAAAGCAUCCUCCACGGAAGCCUCACAUCCUAAGUGAUAUGUAACUUUUAUCACAUAAAGAUGGCCAAAAAGUUCCUGAACAUUAUGAUAGUUCCUAUUUAUUGCAAACUUGACAGGAUCUAAAGUGACUGAGAGACAAGCCUCUGGGUAUGUCUAUGAAAAUGUAACUAGAAUAGUUUAAUUGGAGUAAGAGGACCCAGACAAAAUACAGGCAGUACCCAUGGGCUGGGGACCUGUACUAAAUAAAAAGCAAGAGAGUUGAGCACAGGCAUUGCUUUUCUCUGCUUCCCGACUGUGGAGGCAACAAACAGCUGCACAAAUUUCUGCUGCCAUGCCUUCCCACCUCCAUGGACAGACACUCAUCUGGGAGCCAAAAUAAACCCUUUCUUCUUAAAGUUGAUCUGUCAGGUUUUGAUAUAGCAAAAUACACAUAUACACAUAAUACCAAAUGCAUGAUCCGUUGAAUCAUAAUGAGUUGAUAAAUUAGACUUCUUCAAAAUAGUUAAUUUUGUCCUAUAAAGUGUCUUGGUAAGUGUAAAGAUACUGUAGGUGGAAAAUAUGUACACUCUCAUAUCUGACACAGAUCUCAGAGUAAUGGCAGUGAUGUUAGACAUACACUUGUUUUAGGGUCUCUGUGGCUAUAAAGCAGCAACAUAACCACAGCAACGUUUAGUGGAGACUGGCUUUAGUCCAUUACUGUCAUGGGGGAAGCAUGGCAGUGUGCAAGCACACAUUCUGUUGGAGAAGGAGCUGAGGGUGCUCUAUCUAGAUGAGCAGGCAGCAAGAAGAGAGAGUGACACUUGGUAUGGUGUGAGCUUCUGAAAUCUCAAAGCCCAUCCCCUGUGACACACUUCCUCUAACAAGGCCACACCUCCAACAACACUACUCCCUAGAAAUCUAUGAUUCCUGUUUUCAUUGAAACUACCACAGUACUUCAUAAAAAUAAUAUAUUCUGCUAGACAAGCAUAUGAAAAAGGCAUUGAACUUCAUUAGCCAUCAGGAAGCUACAAAUAAAAGCCACGAAGAGGAGGUACAACUACUUUAAAAAAUUGUCACCUAUGCCCAAUGCUAAGAAUUUGGAGCAGCAGACACUCACACACAUUGUUCAUAGGAACACUAAUUGAUACAGCAUUUUAGACAAUAGUUUGAUUACAGAAUUAAACGUGCAGUUAUAAUGUGAUCAAGUAGUCUCAUGCCUAAGAAUGAACCAUAAAGGAAAAAAUUGAAAACUUACAUCCAUAGAUAAACCUAUACAUAUAAUUAUUUUCAGAAACUCCUUUAAUUUCUAAAAAUAAAAAAAUCCAAAAUGAGCUUUAUAUAGUACAGGCACAGAAUGGAAUUCCCUCAGCAAUAAAAGAGAAUGAAUAUUUCUACAUGCAACAACUUGGGUAAAUCUCCAAGGCAUUAUACUAAAAUGCCAGCCUUAAAAGGUUGCAAACACAAUCCUAUAGAAGGUAGUCAUGGAAACACAAAAACAUAGUGACAAAGAAGUGUGAUAGCAGAAGAGGGUGGCAGCAAGGGAUAGCAUGCGUAGAGUUAAAGAGACUGGGCAGGGAGCAGGGAGAGAGCUUCUCUGUGUCCAAUUGUGGUGGUGACACUAGUGAUUAAGGGAAGCACUACAUUCAUUAUAAUUCAUGGAAUGGACACAAAUAAACCUUGCGUUAAAAAGUAAACCCCUCAAUCUCUUGGUAGACUCUUGUCUUAGUAAAAGAAACCAAAACAACACUGAUCUCUUUAUAAACAGUAUUUCAAGACUCUCCACAAGGUCUUUCAUGAGGAAGCCAAGACUCCUCAUUCUAUUUCUGGAAUCUACCUAUGAGUCUUCAUGCUGAGGCAGGCAGAAUCUCUAGAGCAUACUAAACAUGCAAGAUUCUGUGUGCAGUGGCACACAUCUGUAGUAUCACAGGGAUGACUGCCGUGAGUAUGAGGCUGAAGUGGGCUAUAUAACAAGACACUGUCUCAGAAAAGCAAAAGGAAGAAGGUGAGCAGCAAAACAAGGAGUGUUCCUGAAAGUGUCCUGAACUAACCGUGACAAAGCUUAAUGCGCUUAUCUGGGACAUGUCCUGUGGGAAGAGGUGUAUUUAUUAUUGGGGUCACAAUUUCUGUGUCUUGAACUAUAUAAAUGCAUAAUCCUUAAAAUGAGUAUUUC